AUGAACGAAUGAGGAGUACAUAGAACCUAGUUAAAUUUAGUAUAAAUUUCAUUCAUUUACAUGAUCGACGAGAAUUUUGUUUUGUUUGAUAAAAAUAAAAUUUUAUUUACGUAUUUAGUUCUCCUACUUAAUUUUCUGAGCUAGUGUUCGGAAUUCGCCAAUAUUUGUGACUAAUUUAUGUGUAUAAUUAUUUAAUAAUCUUGGUUAGAGUACACUAGUUACUCUCGUGUAAUAUUAUUUAUAAGUUGAAAUUUGUGACUUUGAAAGUACAAAAAUGUUCAGGGAGCAAGUCAAGCCCGGGCCCCCAAUGACCCAGGCUCCUAAAAUCGUCCCAAGUCAAAAUAUUGUCUGUGUAACUUGUCUUACGAGCUGCCAAUAUAGAACAAUGCAUCCUAUUCCGGACCCAAUAUUAUUUUCUUCAGUAACUUUGAUAAAGCUGCCCUCUAUUUGUAAUUAUAAGGUGUGUUGGGAAUGUCUUGCCAUGUUGGGUAAAAUCCAAAAGUUCAGAAGAAAAGCUUUAUCAGCUCAGAUGAUACUUCAUGAAAACAAGACAUCACUACAAUCACUAUCAACUCUAAAAACAUCAAACCUAGUCCACUGGCUGUCCAUAGUGAUCCAGUCACAAAUAGAAAUAAAUCCACUAGUGGCCAAUGAGAAGCCACAAUUGCCAGCAACCACGCUCAAAGGGGAGGUCAUUGAAAGUGAAACCCUAAGACCUGAACCACAAAGUAUAUAUUGUAAUGAAGAAGAUCCGUUUGGAGAGUUCCCUGUUAAGACAGAGACGGAAGUAUCAAUAGAAGAAGAAACAAGCUGUGUAGAUAUAAUUAAAUCUGAAUUUGAUAGCAACAGUAAUUGCAGCUCUGACGAUGAACCUUUACUUCUAGCACGCAAAAGUAACGUUGCGUACAUACAAACUCGAAACCAAGAAUCGAGCGACACAGAAACUGCCAGCGAAGAAGACACUAUUAAUAAGACAGUUAUUCUAAAACCGAAUACUUCGACAUCUAACACAGUACAGCACCUUAAUGAUUUCCCAAUUAGAGUGACAGCUGGACAAGAAACGAUUCAGUUACCAUUUAUAGAUUCAAUGUCACCUGAACUACGUAAAGACACUAACGAGCCAGUUAAAUAUCACACUGGUCCAAAAUUGUUUAAGAAUUCUCCCCAGCUCACUAUACCAGAGCAGUUUAGGUCUAUAGAUAAUACAUAUAAAACUGAUAAUGGUGAUACAGAUAAUAUAUAUGAAGUGCAUAGAUUGACUGAUGAAGAAUUAAAUGAGCUGAGGGCAAAGAAUUUGCAAAAGGCGCGUACUAAAAUGUACAUGUUUUUUUGUGAGAAAUGUAUGCUGUUAUUCAUGAAACAGGCAGAUUUGGAUGGGCAUAUGAAGAAACACGAUAAGUCUGCGGGUUCGUUCUUGUGUAGCAUCUGUGAGCAAAGGUUUAUGACACAAGAAGUUUUGGAUGAACAUAAAGAGGAUCAUUAUAAGUUCUACAUCUGUGAUAAGUGCAAAGAGAAGUUUUUCAGUCUGAAAUCGCUACUGCGUCACGACGAGACAAGGCAUCGGGAAACAUUGAGGUACUGUCGCAUCUGCGAUGCUAAAUUCACGUCCCACUCCAUACCUUUUUCACUAAUUUCUGCACGCUUUGGUAUCAUAACGUUACUAUUAUUUUUCCAGUCUGCGGGUUCGUUCUUGUGUAGCAUCUGUGAGCAAAGGUUUAUGACACAAGAAGUUUUGGAUGAACAUAAAGAGGAUCAUUAUAAGUUCUACAUCUGUGAUAAGUGCAAAGAGAAGUUUUUCAGUCUGAAAUCGCUACUGCGUCACGACGAGACAAGGCAUCGGGAAACAUUGAGGUACUGUCGCAUCUGCGAUGCUAAAUUCACAGACUUGAAAGAGUAUUACAAACACAAUCAAACCCACAAAGAAAAAAUUGAAUGUGAAGUGUGCCAUGAAAAAUGUCAACCCAGCAAAAUUAGGACACAUAUGGCUAAACACACCGAGCUACCAUGGGUAAGGUGUGACGUGUGCAAGAAAGAUUUUCGGGGUUUGAGUCGGCUGAUGUCGCACAAGAGGUACUUGCAUGCCCCGGUGGACGACGGAUGCUAUUGCGUGGAAUGUGACAUCUCCUUCAAAUCUCGGAGUUUGUACAAUACUCACAUGAGGUAUUCUAUUAAACACGUGCCUGAUAGUGAAAAAGUCUUCUGUCGGCAAUGUAACAAGCCGUUUCGGUCGCAGAGUGUACUGAACAAACAUAUUGCUGUUGCACACGAGGACAGCGAGCGAUCGGAGUGUGACAUUUGCAAGAAGGUGUUUAAAAGCAAAACUGCAGUCAGAACACAUAUCAAAAGAAAACAUCUCAAAUCAAAGCUGAAUGUGGAGAGAAAUAAGAUGUGCGAUAUAUGCGGGAAGGCGUUUCAGUUCAAAUCCUGUCUGGAGCAGCAUAUGAACUCCCACUACAACAUCAGGCCUUUCAAGUGCGAGGAAUGUGGGGCUACCUUCAGUUACUCCGGGGCCAGAUACACGCACAUCAAACUCAAACAUAGGAAGAACAAAAAUGGCAAUAAAAAUAAAACAGAGUCAUAAACACAGCAUUUAUGUCGAAAUGAAAAUUCAUUUAUGUGUU